GGAAAUGAAACCUGCCCACUGGUACGUCCCAACAGUCGCAGCGAGAACUUGCUUUCCGUGUCCAGCCAAAGAUCGGAUUCCAGAGGCAGCCGGGGGGUCUGUGGAGCGCCGUCUUGGCCGCUGAUCGCCACCCUCCCUUGUGAGAAACCAAGUUAGCGCCUCGGCGGACGAGUGAGCGGAGGGAUGAAGGCGCCGCCGCGAGCUCUAGUGAGUGGGCUUAUCAGAUAUGCAGUGCUUUUGGUGAGUCUGAUUGCCGCCUGGUACCUUGGCUAUGGAAUAGCAGACGCUAUGUUCAGUGGCUCACUACAGCGUAGCCUCACCGUGAUUCAGAAGAUAGGACAGAAACCCCAACAUAGAGCACCUUUCCCAAAGCAGCAUAAAUGUGGCCAUUGGACAGCAUGUCCCUCAGGAUCCUUUGCCUUCCUUGUGUUGAGCGGCAGUGAAAAGCAAAAGCCUCCAGAAAUCUGCUUUGAAGAUGAAGUACUCUUGGGUGAUGAGAAGAAUAAUUAUGGCAGGGGCAUGAAUAUUGCCAUUGUGGAAGCCAAGACAGGAAAGUACAUAAGUUCUGGUACUUUUGACCUCUGCGAAGGAGAUAAUUCGGGGCACAUGAUUGAAUUUCUCAACAAGGCCCCAGAAGGUUCUCUUGUCUUCAUGGCAACAUUUGAUGACAGUUAUAGCAGGAUGACAGAAGAUGCCAAGAAAUACAUUGAGGGGCUGGGCAGCAAGGAGAUCCGGAAAAUGGCUUUCCGGGGUAACUGGGUCUUUGUUGGCACCAAAGGGUUCACACUGCCAAAGGACUAUGAGAGGGAAAAGAUUAUCAACUGUAAGAAAGUGACGAAUAAAUACAGUGUGUGGCCACCGGAAAUCCAGAUUCUUGGCUGCUUUUCACCAAAGACAGACUACCUAUAGGAGACGUCCUUGGCCUCUGUGCCUGGCCAGAGCCUGGCUCAGUUCCUGUGUCAGGCUUAGAUGAACAGUCUGCUCCAUUCACUGGUGCAGUUUGUGAACCGCCAAAGGAAACAGCAGCAGUCUAAAUAAUAUAUUAACAAUCGGUCAGCUUGUAAAGGAGAUGAAAGUAAAGCUGUAUCAAGAACAUAAUUUUAACCAUAUAAAAUAAUAAAAACAUUGCAACGUAUCCCAUCAUUUACUUUGCAUGCCAUGCUACUAGAUCCCUGAUGGGUGUGUCAGAAUUAAAAUUGCCAUUCAAUUCUCCUAGUUGCUCAAAUCUGUGACACAGUCAGAUUUUCUCACAAGGAGACUGAUGGUCCCACAAACGAAUUGGGUCUCAAUUUUCACCAGCCGCUGAUCUUAUUGCUCACAGGUGUCACAUUUCUGAAAUAAAUUGAAUAAUAGUGAUGCACAAAUGGAAUUUUUGGAAGAAUUUCUAAGAGUAAGGUCAGUGCUUUGGUUGAGCAAUCUAGGUUGCUUUAUCUCCUGCCUCAAAGGGUCAUCUCUGCACUUUCAGUGCUGGGUUCAGCUUCAGUUUGAGCUAGCCAGAGUUCUUGGAGGCGAUAAUAUUGCAGCACUUUGGAAGUCCUGACAGCUGUUACCUAAUAUCUGAUGUAAGGGGUUUCUUCUUUUAUGUUACUGCGUCGUCUAAUUAAAAUGGCUUCUUUGUUAUGUUAACUGCUGAGAAUGUCCUCCCGCUUUUAGUUUGUUUGGAUCAUGUUACUGAUAAGAGGAUGAACAAACCAAUUGGGAUAGUUGUUAUGAUUUCUGUGUGUCUGUAAAUUAGUGUGAUGCGUGGGUUUUUGGGCAGAAGGCGGGAGAGAGAGACAGAGAAUGGACCAGGUGCUAUGAAUCCGCUAAAGGGGUCAGACCCUGAGCAGGAGUCCGAGGUCCAGGGUGUUCGGCGAGGAGAAGAGAUGGAGACGGACUCAUGUGGAGCAUCUGGUCGACCACCGUUGUUGGUCCCGGGCGGCAGGUCAGGGUGGUCCGAGGGGUCGCAGGGUGAAGAAGGAGGGUCCUGAGCUCCAACUGUUUGUGCACGAAGAGAUUGAACUUUGAUAAGUGUGGCGGCUUUUAUUUUCCUUUUAUAUUUUAUUCUCUAUUAAUUACAUAGUUCCAGUAAUAUCUAUAAACUGUAAAUCAUUU